GAGGCGGCGCCCGCGCGGCCGUCGAACGCGACGUCGAUGUUCAGCGAGACGCGCUUCGACAGCCUCCCGCUGACGGACGGCACGCAGGCGGCGCUCAAGGCCAUGGGCCUCGAGAGACUGUCGAAGAUCCAGGACAAGGCCAUCCCGCCGCUCCUCGAGGGCCGGGACCUGCUCGGGAACGCGAAGACGGGCUCGGGGAAGACGCUCGCGUUCCUCAUCCCGCUCGUGGAGCUGCUGACGAAGGCGCGCUUCCAGCAGCGGAGCGGCCUGGGCGGCCUCGUGAUCUCGCCGACGCGGGAGCUGUCGCUGCAGAUCUACGGGGUCCUGCGGGAGCUGCUGAGCGUCGCGAAGCACGGCCACACGCACGGUCUGGUCAUCGGCGGCGCGAACCGCCGCGGCGAGGCGGAGCGCCUGGGCAAGGGCGUGUGCAUCCUCGUGGCGACGCCGGGGCGGCUGCUGGACCACCUGCAGAACACGUCCGGCUUCGUCUUCAAGAACCUGCUGAUGUUCGUCUGCGACGAGGCGGAUCGGAUCCUCGAGCAGGGCUUCGAGGACGACCUGCGGGGCAUCGUCCGCUGCCUGCCGGGCACGCGGCAGACGGCCUUGUUUUCGGCGACGCAGACGCGCAAGGUCGAGGACCUGGCGCGGCUGGCCAUCAAGAGCGAGCCCGUCUACGUCGGCGUCCACGACGCGGAGACGACGUCGACGGUCGCGGGCCUCGAGCAGGGCUACGUCGUCGUCGAGCCCGGCGACCGCUUCCGCCUCCUCUUCUCCUUCCUCAAGCGCCACGCGAAGAAGCACAAGGUCAUGGUCUUCUUCUCCUCCUGCAACGCCGUGAAGUUCUACGCGGAUCUGCUGAACUACGUCGACGUGCCCGUGCUCGACAUCCACGGCCGCCAGAAGCAGGCGAAGCGCACGGCGACCUUCUUCGAGUUCUGCCGCGCCACGUCCGGCGUGCUGCUGUGCACGGACGUCGCCGCGCGCGGGCUCGACAUCCCCAAGGUCCACUGGAUCGUGCAGUACGAUCCGCCGGACGACCCCCGCGAGUACAUCCACCGCGUCGGCCGCACGGCGCGCGGCGGCGAUGGCGACGGCAAGGCGCUCCUGUUCCUCAUUCCGUCCGAGCUCGGCUUCCUCAAGUUCCUCCGGGCGGCCAAGGUCGCGCUCCACGAGUACGAGUUCGCGGUCGGCAAGGUCGCGAACGUGCAGUCCGCGCUGACGAAGCUCGUCGAGAAGAACUACUACCUCCACAAGGCGGCCAAGGACGCCUACCGCUCCUACCUGCUGGCCUACGCGUCCCACGGCCACAAGGACGUCUUCAACGUCCACGCGCUCGACCUCGCCGCCGUCGCCGCGGCCUUCGGCUUCGCGGUGCCGCCGCGCGUCGACCUCAACCUCUCGGCGCGCGGCGACACCCAGGCCCGCCGCAAGCAGGGCCGCGGGCCCAAGGACCAGCGCCGCGCGUCCGGCCACGACUUCUCCGCGUCCAACCCCUACGGCAAGCGCGCCAAGGGCGACGCGCGCCAGUUCGCG